AUGGCGCCAGCCAUCUCUUUGCACAUGAAGGGCGGGCGCGCCAGCAGUUCGGGGGCCUCGCAGACUCAGACUCACUUGCACCUGUGCCAUUACUUAACAGAGGGGCUUUGGGGGGCCAUCAUGGAUAAGGACAACUCCUGGGAAACGAAGAAGGGGGCGAUGGCCGACUUCCUCAUGCAGAUCGGACUGCGUCACCCGUCGGACCCUGCGGUCAAAGACCUGCUGGCUAUCUUGUCGCAUUGCCACGGCCGCUCGCUCCAGCCCGGCGAGGCGUGCGACCAGCUCCACAAAUUCAAACUGAAUAUGUCCGCCAAGAGGCUGACCACCUCGGGCCAGAUGGCGCUGCUGAGCUACCCCUUGGACCCCAAGGACUUCAUGAAACAGUGCCAGAGGGCGCGCGCCGAAGGCGAUGGCCCCGUCAAGACGAGGAUUGAGCCAAUGAAGAUCAAGCACAUGACACGGAAAGAUUUGACGCCUGCGAGGUCCACCAACUUGGCUAUCGGGGGGAGGCAGCGGGCCGCGGAGAGCUCGUCGCCCAAGGUUGCCGAUCGGAAGGAGCGAAGCGACGACCUCGCGGAGUUGCUGCUGCGCAAGUUGAAGGACGACGGCGGGUCUCCAUCUGGCAAGAGGCGCUACGCCUCGAAGGGCCCUGCAGUCGCGGCGUGCCUCGCGAUCGCGGACCAGCAGGCCCGCGGGCAUUGCGGCGCCGCGGCUGGCAAGAAGGCGUUGGAUAAUGCGAAGGGCAAGAGGAAGAAGAAAGGGGGCGACUCCGACGAGGAGAAGGCCUCAGACGACGAGGAGGUCCCCUUGCUGGGUGGCAAGCCCGCCGCGGCGGCUCCACCCCGCAAAAGGCCCUCCGCGGCGCCUGCCUGUAAGAGGCCCUCGGCGGCGCCGAGUGCCGCGGGCAGCAAGAAGGCCAAGGUCUCCGAGACCACGGCGGAGCUCUUGCGGCGCCUCCCGAAGGACUUCUCCAAGAGCUUCUUGAAACGAGAGGUGGCCAUGCGGAUCUCGCGUGGGGCUUUCACCGCGCGCGGCUACGCGCUCUUCAAGAAGACAGACAAGGUGGCGGCCCCCGCGGCCUACAACGUGGCCGCCCGCUUUUGGGGCCAGGUGCACGGCUGA